CUUCUACUCAUCCAAUACUACAUUUCUAGACACAUCCUCGCCAUGUCUUCUUCGGAUGAGGAGACAGUCCGCCGCCCUGGGCGUAAUACCGCCACCGCGCGUGUUCAGAGCUCCCCAGGAAGCGAGCACAGUUUCUCCACUACCGCAAAAGACAAUCGCGCGCAGAGCGUUCUCGGGUCCGAUACCGAAAUCAUCAAUGGAGAUGAUGACGAUCUCUUUGGUUCUGAUGGCUCGGGUGACGAGUUGAAUAUGAUUGAUCGAGCUCCGCGGACACUAGAUGAUGAACAGCUUGAUUCCGGCGACGAUGAAGACCGCUACGAUCGCGUGGGGGAUCGCAUGGAUUAUGAGGAUGGAGGAGACGGUGAAUUUGCUGAGACUGUCAACGUUAUGGACUUGAGCUUAGGUCGAGCGCCAGUGCCAGCGUCCACGAAUGGGGAGGUCUACACGGUCUCCAUCCCUAACUUCCUGUCCGUUGAGACUGAGGAGUUCAACCCAGAGACAUAUGUUGCACCUCCAUAUACUACCGCCGCAACUUCUCUUUGUUGGCGCCAUGACCCUAACGACAACUCACUCCUUCAGUCAAAUGCACGCAUAAUCCGCUGGGAGGACGGAUCCUUGACUCUGCAGCUAGCUUCAGCCCCCAAGGAACAAUACCUCAUAUCCUCCAAGUCCCUGACACCUCUUAACAAGUCCGGCGACUAUGAUCCGAAGCUUGACUCCCACGCCUACCUUGGGGCUGCUGCCGAAACCUCAUCUGUUUUCAGACUCACAUCGCACUUAACUCACGGACUUACGAUUCUUCCUACAACAAUAGAGACAGACGAUGCUGUUCAGCGCCUGCAGGAGUCUCUCGCUGCUGCUGCUCGCGGUGGCAAGAAGACGGCAGAUGGAUCAGCACCCGUAAUUGAGGUGAAGGAGGAUCCUGAGCUUGCCAAGAGGCAAGCAGAGCUGGCUGAACGUGAGAAACUGAAGGCUGCUCGUCGACGCCAACAACUCGCAGACCGCGAUCUCGACCGGGGCCGACGUGCGCACGCUACUCAUCGCUAUGCAGCCCCCGGCCUCACAGUUGGUGGUCUUGAAGAUGAUGAUGGCAUGUUAGCAACCAGACCACCUGCGAAGAAACCUCGAAAGCAAAAUCGUCGUGGCGAGAUCUACACUGAUGACGAAGAGGACUACGAUCGCCGCGGUCGGACUAGGGAAGACGAAUAUGAUGAAGAUGAUGGAUUCCUUGUUGGCAGUGAUGAAGAACCAGAGAUCUUUGAAGAAGACGAAGACGAAGAGUUAGAGGAUGAAGACAUGGAUGCUGAUGGGGAGGAGGACGAAGCAGUCCAAUCAAGAAGACGGUUCAAAGAAAGGCGAGCGACGCCGGAAGUAGAAUCCGGGCCCGUUGCAGCCGCAUCGCCCCCGGCUCGGAAGAAGCACCGUUACGUUGUGGAUGAUGAAGACGAGGAUGAAUAGAUAUGCGCUACGUGGAUUCUCAACUGGGCGCCCUUGACCUACCUACAGCUGUUUCCACUUCAUUCCUCUCUAUCUCUUCUCACGCCAGUCCUGAUUUCUCCCUUCUGCCAAUUGAAUCCUGAAUCCCUUGUGGACCUUGGUGCAGGUUCAUGUGCUUUAAGAUGUGCGCGGGGUGAAUUAAGUCCAUGUCUUUUUGAUAGAUGCAUUAAAGGUACCUGCCAAUGGAAACCAAAAAAUAAAAAAAUGGGAUGAU